AUGGCCAAUAAAGAUGACGAUGAAACAUUUCGAGAGGACGAUAUUUAUAUAAAUCCGGAGGAUGGUAUGCCUAACAUACAUCCAAAUAUAGCUGAUUUGGAGCAAGAAUCUGACUCACAAGAGGAGAAAAAAGAUUUUGAUGACUUGCCUCAGUCCAUAAUUGUAACAAAUAUCCACAGUGACGUUUUUGCUGACGAAAAGCUAAAGAAGGAAUUAGAAGAUCUUUUUCGUACAUUUUCGAAUAAUGUAACAUUUCAGUGGCUGCGGAGCUUCAAACGAUUACGUGUUAAUUACGAUAGCCCGCUCUCCGCGGUGAGUGCCCGCGUCCAGUUUCAUCAGUACCAAUUCUACAAUUCGUGUAUUAACUGUUAUUUCGCGCAACCGGUUACACCGAUUUCUUUAAAGAACUUAAAACCCCCGGCACCAGUAAAACAAUUCCUUAUAUCUCCUCCUGCAAGCCCACCGGUGGGUUGGGAACCCCGAGAAGAAGGUGAGCCAAUUGUGAACUCUGACUUGCUGGCAGCUUUAGCCACUUUAGCACCAGGCGAAAGUCAUGAGCUUCAUGCGCCUACGCCAACCCAGCCAGCUAUUAUUGUACACACUGCUCUAUCCACCACAGACCCAAACGCUCCCCCUAUUGGGAAAACCAUACCCCAUACUAGGUGCCCAGAUUAUUAA